CUUACUUCCCCCCCCCUCCCCUUCUCAUCACCAACUCUGAUCAUCUCUUCUUCAUCUCUCUCCCAAUCUCCGUCCAAUCUUCUACUAUGACUACUGAGCGUGAGAACAAGACAUUCCUCGCUCGCCUCUGCGAGCAGGCUGAGCGCUAUGAUGAGAUGGUCACGUACAUGAAGGAAGUCGCCAACCUUGGAGGCGAACUUACCGUCGAUGAGCGUAACCUUCUCUCUGUCGCCUACAAGAAUGUUGUCGGUACCCGUCGUGCCUCGUGGCGUAUCAUUUCCUCCAUCGAACAGAAGGAGGAAUCCAAGGGCUCUGAGCAGCACGUCUCAAUCAUCCGUGACUACCGCCAGAAGAUCGAGUCUGAGCUGGAGAAGGUUUGCCAGGAUGUCCUGGAUGUUCUGGAUGAGUCCCUCAUCCCCAAAGCUGAGGCUGGCGAGUCUAAGGUCUUCUACUACAAGAUGAAGGGUGACUACCACCGCUACCUGGCGGAAUUUGCUUCGGGAAACAAGCGCAAGGUGGCUGCCACUGCUGCCCACGAGGCCUACAAGAACGCAACCGACGUUGCUCAGACUGAACUCACCCCCACUCACCCCAUCCGCCUGGGUCUCGCCCUGAACUUCUCCGUUUUCUACUACGAGAUCCUGAACUCUCCCGACCGCGCCUGCCACCUCGCCAAGCAGGCUUUCGACGAUGCAAUUGCAGAGCUUGACUCCCUCUCCGAAGAGAGCUACCGUGACAGCACCCUGAUCAUGCAGUUGCUGCGUGACAAUCUGACUCUGUGGACCUCCUCCGACGGCAACGAGGCCGAGAAUGCGUCCACCUCGAAGGAGGAUAAGCCCGAGGAGGAGGCCGUUGCCCCUGAGGAGAAGCCUGAGGAAGACAAGGCCCCUGAGUCGUAAGCGUGGCGAGCGUCAAAAGGGUUUUCUUUUUCUUUUUCUUUUUUUUUUUCUUUUGUUGUAUCAAAAACCAUGUUAUGUCCUCGGCGUAGCACGCUGGGCGUACGAAUACUUCUCUGAAAGUGUUUCUGAAGGUCUGUUCUAGCUGCGUGAGUGGUUUGGACCGACACUUAUCUUCCACUUAUUCGGGAUUAUCUGGGUCGGCCGGCGGAGUUUGAUAUUCGGAGAGCAAAGGAAAGGGGUUGAGCGGAAUUUAUCUCUCUUUUUAUUCUCUCUCUUUAUUCCCACCCCAGCAAGAUACAAUGUGUUAGUUUCUUUUUUUUUUUUUUUUUUAACCAUGCCCCCUCCAUUUAGCCCCUUUGCCCUUUCCCUCCUUGUCGUUUUUCAUACAUUCCAUAGGCCAUAGGCUUCAAUAUCUGAGCAAUCCAAUCCAACUAGCUGAUUUAUGCUCUCGUCAUGAACCACGUAGAGUUGGAAGAAUUUGAACGUGUC